AUGGCCAAUGACACCACCCUAGAGGGCUUUAUCCUUCUAGGCUUCUCAGAUAAUCCCAGGCUGGAAAUUACUCUCUUUGUGGUUUUAUCCAUCUUUUAUAUGAUCACCCUAGUGGGCAAUGUCACUAUCAUACUUUUGUCCCACAUAGACUCUCAACUCCACGUCCCCAUGUAUGUCUUCCUCACUCAACUCUCCUUCCUGGACCUGUGCUUCACUACCAGCUGCAUUCCCCAGAUGCUGGUCAACCUCUGGGGGCCAGACAAAACAAUAAGCUACCUAGGAUGCACAGCUCAACUCUACAUCUUUCUGGGAUUGGGUUCUGCUGAGUGUGUCCUGCUGUUGGUCAUGGCUUUUGACCGCUACAUAGCAGUGUGUCGGCCUCUGCACUAUGUGGUAAUUAUGAACCCAAAGUUGUGUCAGAAGCUGGUGCUCCUGGUCUGGGUGAGUGGGAUUUUUGGUACCUUGGUACACUCCCCUACCACAAUGAAGCUGCCCUUCUAUUCAGCCAAGAUUGAAUUUACCAAUAACACAGCUUAUGCCAACAGCACUUUCUAUCUUAUUACAGAAUGUCAAAGAGCAUUCCAUGGUAUUAAUGUACCACAGUGUUAUGAAUUGAAUUGGGUUCUCCGAAAAGAUACUUUUACAUUGAACCCCUGUACCUAUGUAUAA